GAGUACAGCGAGGCGGAAUACAAGGCUCUAACUCGCAAGAUCGAUCGAUACCUCAUCCCAAUGAUGCAAUCGAAAUUGACUAACCUCUGGACCAGGUUCUUCAUGUAUGGUAUCCAGCAGACCGACAAGACCUCCAUCAGUAUCCAGGCUCUCUUUGGCAUGAACGACGAUGUCGGGUUGGUUGGCCAGCAGUUCCAGUGGUUGACCACCAUCUUUUACCUUACUUACCUCAUUGGCGAGUUCCCUUCGACUUGGCUGCUGCAAAGAUACAACCUUGGCCGCGUCCUGACCAUCUACAUGGUCGGCUGGUCUGUCUGCCUGCUCUGCAUCAGCGCAUGCCACAACUGGUCUCAGCUCAUGGCUCUUCGAGCUCUCCAGGGCUUCUUCGAGUGCAAUAUUUCUCCCGGCUUCCUCCUCAUCACCGGUGCCUGGUACCGAACUGACGAGCAUGCCAACCGAUCACUCUUUUGGCAGUCUUCCCAAGGCUUCUUCACCAUCGUCUGCAACCUGAUGCUUUACGGCAUUGCUCGAUACGCCACAGCCCAAGGCCACAUCGCGGCCUGGCGUACCAUCUCGCUGUUCCUAGGUGGCUUGACCCUUGCCGGCUCCGUGUUCUGCUAUUUCAUCCUUGGAACCCCUCAGGAGGUUCGGUGGCUGAGCGAGAAGGAGAAGAAAAUGGCAGCUGCACGCGUGAGUGAGAACCAGACUGGAGAGGAGAGCACUAGCAAGGCUUGGAGAUGGGAUCACUUCAAGGAGUGCUUCACGGACCCCCAAGUCUACUUUGUCUUUGCCAACACUUUCCUGGCCUGUAUUCCCAACGGCGGCAUCACCACCUUCAGCGCCCUGCUUUACCAAACCUUUGGAUUCAGCACCUGGGAAUCCAUGCUUUGGGGUCUCCCCCGUAACGCCAUGUAUGUCGUCGUCUUCAUCGCGGUCGCCUUCUACCUCCGCAAAUUCCAGAACCAGCGCAUGUACAUUAUGAUCAUCUCUUGCAUUCUCCCAUUUGUGGGUGUUCUAGUCAUGUCUCUGCUGCCUAACACACCUGAGCACAAGUGGCUUAAGUGGGGCAUGUUCGACAUCACUGUCGUCUUCUCCCUCUCCCUGUUCCUCGGUUGGAGCAUGAUCACUUCCAACGUCGCUGGAGGUACCAAGCGAACUGUUGUGUCCUCGCUGACCCUGAUCGCCUACUGUGUUGGUAACAUGGCUGGUGCCCAAGUCUUCCGCACCAAGGAUGCCCCUCGCUACGUCGGCGGCACCGUUGCCUGCUCUGCUUGUUUCGGCGGCCAGAUUUUCGUCAUCAUCGCCUGGAGGUGUUGGUACGUUUGCGAGAACCGACGCCGAUCGCGUGCUCUGGCCGCGAGCGGUCUGUCUGAGGAGGAACAGGAGCGACAGGGCCGAGAGUUGGGAGAGCAGGACACCACGGAUCGCAAGAACCCCUACUUCAAGUAUGCUAUGUAA